AUGGAUAGUAAGAAUGAAAAUCUUUCUCUAAGCGCCCCAUUGAUUACUGUCUAUGAUCAGGAAGGACUUCGUGGCGUCGAGAAUGAUCAGAGAAAAUGUGAAAGCGGUAUUUGGAGGAACGAAAUUCUUGAAGAAGUAAAGAAGCAGUUGUGGCUAGCAGGGCCUCUAAUAGCGGUGAAUCUCCUGAAAAAACUAAUACAGGUGAUAUCAUUGAUGUUUGCUGGUCAUCUUGAUGAAUUAUCUCUUUCUGCUGCUUCCAUGGCCAAGUCCUUUGUAUCCAUGAUCGGUUUCGGCUUGUUAUUGAGCUUGUUUCAUUUUCUCCAUAUUAUUUGUGGGCAAUCAUAUGGAGCAAAGCAGUAUCAUAUACUAGGCAUACACAUGCAGAGAGCUAUGCUUGUUCUUAUACUCCUUAGCAUACCACUUGCUUUCAUUGUGUCAAACACCAAUUCUAUUCUAAUUGCUGUAGGCCAAAAUGCUUCCAUAGCAGCAGAGGCUGGAAAUUAUGCCAUUUUCUUGAUUCCUAGCCUUUUUGGUUAUGCUAUUCUUCAGUGCCAAAUUAGAUUUCUACAAUCCCAGAACAUGAUAUUUCCAUUGUUGCUCAUUGCCGGAUUCACAACACUUUUCCACAUUUUUCUCUGUUGGGUUUUGUUGUUUGAAUCUGGAGUUGGAAACAGAGGAGCUGCUUUGGCGAAUUCCAUCUCUUAUUGGAUCAACGUGAUAUCGUUGGUGCUCUACGUGAAGUUCUCUUCUUCAUGUGCAAAAACUUGGACAGGCUUUUCGAAAGAGGCAUUUCAUGACAUUAUAUCUUUUCUCAGACUUGCUGUUCCUUCAGCUUCAAUGUCAUGCUUGGAGUUUUGGUCUUUUGAAGUACUGGUUCUCUUAUCUGGUAUCCUUCCUUAUCCAGACUUAGAAGCCUCUGUGCUUUCUAUCAGCCUCAAUUUAAAUUCAGUAGUUUGGAGGAUCGCUCUAGGCCUCAGUGGUGCUGGGAGGUGA